UCAUUUCUAAGAGUGUAGGUCGCAUCAGGCAGAAACUUGUAAAAAAGAAAAUUCGUCGAUUGGUGCACCCAUUCGCGAAUUAUUUAGCCCGGGGACGUAACUGAAACACCUGGAAUAGGCAGAAGACGAGUCCAUUCUGGAAGCGUGGAAUGUAAGCUGCUCAGAGCUUCAUUCUCCCGAACUCAACCUUGAGACAAUGGGUUCCGAUAAGCGAACAAGAUUGUGGGACCCUCAAUGGCUUUGGAGAUAGCGAGAUGAGAGAUCAGGAGGAGAAUAUACGUGCGGUGCGAGAGGCCACUGUCCGAGAAGACAAACGAUGAGCAACAGCAUCAGCGAUACCUUGAAGGCACUCUGUGCAGGGAUACCUGUGUCCCCGCUGCCAUCAAAAAGAAAGAGGGACGAGAAGCUACCUCACGCACCGGUUCGUAGCGCACCUCUUAGCAACGAGGAGAGACAGAUAGCGCUGAGGAAUGCCCUUCGGUACUUCCCUGCCAGCGUUCAUGCCGUUCUUGCUCCGGAGUUUGCCCAAGAGCUCAAGGACUAUGGACACAUCUACAUGUAUCGCUUCAUCCCUGAUAUCCCGAUGCGAGCAUACCCGAUCAACGUGUACCCAGCGAAAACGCCCCAGGCCGCUGCAAUAAUGUUGAUGAUUAUGAACAACCUGGAUCCACAAGUGGCCCAGUUUCCUGAGGAGUUGGUUACUUACGGGGGAAACGGACAAGUUCUCUCGAACUGGGCACAGUUCUACCUGGUGAUGCAGUAUCUGUCAAGUAUGACUGAGGAACAGACGCUAGUCAUGUAUUCCGGCCAUCCUUUGGGCCUCUUUCCUUGUCUGGGCCCCAACGCACCCCGACUGGUCAUCACUAACGGUAUGGUUAUACCUAACCACUCCAGACCAGAGGACUACAACAAGAUGUUCGCCAUGGGAGUCAGCAUGUAUGGUCAAAUGACAGCUGGCAGCUAUUGUUACAUUGGGCCCCAAGGAAUUGUGCACGGGACAACGAUUACUGUCAUGAAUGCUGGGCGGAAGUAUUUAAAUCUGUCGGACCUUCGAGGGAAAGUGUUCGUGACCUCUGGUCUUGGUGGUAUGAGUGGUGCUCAGGCAAAGGCAUCAGUCAUUGCUAACGGUAUAGGGGUUAUUGCUGAGGUAUCGAGAGAAGCCACGUUCAAGAGACACCGGCAGGGAUGGCUGGAUGAAGUUAUUGAAGAUUUGGACGAGCUCAUGCAUAGGAUUCGUGAAGCGAAGAGUAAGAAGCAAGUGGUCAGCAUCGGCUACAUUGGCAACAUUGUUGACCUGUGGGAACGGCUUAGUUUGGAAGCAGAGAAAACGGGCGAGCUCCUAGUUGAAUUGGGAUCUGACCAAACUUCUUGCCACAAUCCCUUCAAUGGAGGUUACUAUCCUGUCCAGUUGAGCUACGAAGAAGCAAACGAGAAAAUGCGCAGCGACCCGCGAAACUUCAAGAUGCUGGUUCAGGAAAGCUUGCGAAGACACGUGGCUGCGAUCAACAAGCUGGCAAAACGAGGCAUGUGCUUCUGGGACUACGGCAACGCUUUCCUAUUGGAAGCAUCAAGAGCAGGUGCUGAUGUCGCUCGCAAAGGCAUCAAGUUCAGUUAUCCAUCCUACGUCCAAGACAUCAUGGGGGACAUCUUUUCUUUAGGCUUUGGGCCAUUCCGAUGGGUGUGUACCUCGGGCCUUGCUGAGGAUUUGAAAACCACCGACAGGCUAGCUAAAGAAGUACUCCAUCGCCUAAGACAGACAGACGUUCCUGACAAAGUGAAAGAACAGUAUGCUGACAACAUCACUUGGCUCGAAAAGGCAGCAAUUCACAAUCUGGUGGUUGGAUCCCAAGCACGCAUACUGUACUCCGACAGGACGGGUAGGGUUGAAAUUGCUCUGGCAUUCAACAAGGCCAUAAGAGAAGGACAGCUUAAGGGACCAGUAGUGCUCAGCCGUGACCAUCAUGAUGUCAGUGGUGCAGACAGUCCGUACAGAGAAACAUCCAAUGUCUACGACGGAUCAGCUUUUACUGCUGAUAUGGCGGUGCAGAACUUUGUGGGAGACGCCCUCCGAGGAGCAACAUGGGUUGCCCUUCAUAACGGAGGAGGUGUUGGGUGGGGCGAAGUAAUCAACGGAGGAUUCGGCUGUCUCUUAGAUGGCUCAAAGGAAGCUGACGGGCGUGUGACCUCCCUUUUAUCAUGGGACGUCAACAACGGCGUGACAAGGCGCAGCUGGUCUGGCAACCAGAACGCAUUCGACACAAUUCAAAGAGCCAUGAAGGAGGAACCCAAGCUGCGAGUGACUCUGCCCAACCGUUGUGAUGACAGUGUUCUAGAAAAUGCCAUCAAAAUAUUCCAGUGACCAGUCUGAUCUUUUUGAGUACCAUGAACGUCUAGAAAGAGGAACGUCAAUCCCGACGACCAUCGCAACCAAAUAAAUGCACGCUUGUAACAAGGA